UUUCCGGGUCAGGGCGGGGUUGAAAUCGCCCCGCUCUUCGCCUCCCCCUCCCAGACCCGCCGAGGCCGCCGCAGCAGGAGCAGCAGCCGCAGCCCCUCCGCCCUCCUCCCGCCGCCGCCAUCCCGCCCGCCCGUCCCGGCUCUCUCCCUUCCCCCGUCUCCUCCCUCCCCCUCCGAGGGGGCCCCUCCUCCCUCCGCCCGCCCCGGAGACCCCGUCACCCGCCCUCCCUCCUCCCGCUCCCCCCUUCCCCGUCCCUCCGUCUACGGAGCGGCCGAUCGGCCGGGCGCUCGGCCACCCCGCCGCCAGUUUCUAUUCCCCAGCGACCAAAGAUUUGACCACUGACAAAGCCUGACUCGUCAGAACACAGCUCAAGAUGGACACCGGUGUUAUUGAAGGUGGUUUAAAUGUCACACUUACCAUUCGACUACUUAUGCAUGGAAAGGAGGUUGGGAGCAUCAUUGGGAAGAAAGGAGAAUCUGUAAAGAAGAUGCGCGAAGAGAGUGGUGCCCGCAUUAACAUCUCGGAAGGGAACUGCCCAGAACGGAUCAUCACUCUUGCUGGACCGACCAAUGCCAUCUUCAAAGCAUUUGCUAUGAUCAUUGACAAACUGGAAGAGGACAUCAGCAGCUCGAUGACCAACAGCACAGCUGCCAGCAGGCCCCCUGUCACCCUGAGGCUUGUGGUACCUGCCAGCCAGUGUGGCUCCCUCAUUGGAAAAGGAGGCUGCAAGAUCAAGGAGAUAAGAGAGAGCACAGGGGCACAGGUCCAGGUGGCAGGAGACAUGCUGCCCAACUCGACUGAGAGAGCUAUCACCAUUGCUGGGAUACCACAGUCCAUCAUCGAGUGUGUCAAACAGAUCUGUGUGGUCAUGCUGGAGUCUCCCCCGAAGGGUGUUACCAUCCCAUACCGACCCAAGCCAUCCAGCUCUCCGGUCAUCUUUGCAGGCGGUCAGGACAGGUACAGCAGCGGCAGUGCAAGCUACCCCCACACCGCCCCAUCAAUGUGCCUCAACUCUGACCUGGAGGGACCACCUCAAGAGGCCUAUACCAUUCAAGGACAGUAUGCCAUUCCACAGCCAGAUCUGACCAAGCUGCACCAGUUGGCAAUGCAACAGUCACACUUUCCAAUGUCUCAUGGCAACACUGGAUUCAGUGGCAUUGAAUCCAGCUCUCCAGAGGUGAAAGGCUAUUGGGGUUUGGAUGCAUCUGCUCAAACUACUUCUCACGAACUCACCAUUCCAAAUGAUUUGAUUGGCUGCAUCAUUGGGCGUCAAGGCGCCAAAAUCAAUGAGAUCCGCCAGAUGUCUGGGGCGCAGAUCAAAAUUGCCAAUCCAGUGGAAGGAUCUACUGACAGGCAGGUUACCAUAACUGGAUCUGCAGCCAGCAUUAGCCUGGCCCAGUAUCUAAUUAAUGUCAGUUUAGAAAGCGCUAAACCCUCCUCCCAGACAGCCUCCGUCACGAUCCCCGAUCACCUCAGCAUCAACCUCUCUCAACCCUCCACCCCUUCUUCUUCUUCCUCCUCCACCACCACCCCCUCGCUUGCGACAGCAGGGGUCUCCGACGCACCCUCCAGCCUCCCCAACCCUCUUCCGACCGCCCCUUGUGUCUCCAGUCUGCUUGGCAUGAAACCCGUCCCUCUCCUGGCUCUAAAUGUUGUGUCUGCUGCUAAGGGUGCCUCCACCACCUCAGCUGUGCCAUGUGUUACUAACAAACUGAAACCGGAAAAACAGAGAUUCUCUCCUUAUUGAGUGUCUGCUUGUGACCGUAAAGGAACAGCAGAUUGGUGUCAGCCUGGGGAUCCCGUAGAGGAGCCUUGGAAGAAUUUUUUUACUUCAAAAAAAAAAGUGAGCUUGUGAUUUCUUAGAAUGGAGUUUUCUUUUUGCUGGUGACCUUCAGUAGGUCGAGAGACAAUUUAACAAGUCCUGGAGUCUAGUGAUCUGUUUAAUUCCUUGAUUUUAUGUAGUCGUAGCUGUUGCUUUUAGUAGCUUGUUUGCAUUGCUACAUGAAGAAAAUGUGAUAGGAGGGUCUGUUUAAUGAAUAAAAUCUCAAUUACUGCGUUUUGGUUAAGUUGCUAAAGAGGCUGAUCAGCCGAACCUGUCUCUGAUGUCUGUACUUGUAAUAAAGUUGCCACAGAGUAUCUGCUCUGAUAGCUGAUGUGUGCUGGAAUGGAGAGGGGGGACCAGGAGUUACACCUCCCCAUGUGAUAGGGACAAAUCAGCUGUGCACCUGACAAUUGUCAGCAUGCCCCUUGACCUCUGGUCGGACUCUAACCAUGUUCAGAGUUGAGCAAUUAGAUCAAAUGUAAAUCCCCUCCCCCCUGCUGGAUUAACAUGGCCAUGGGGGGAUUCCUAGACCGCCUUUAGAGGCAGAUGUUGGUACCCCACACUUCUCCUAAUCUGUCCCAUGAGGAAGAUAUGCUCGUAUUCAAGGGCAGGGAGCUAGAACUCCUGGGUCCUCUAGCUCUUUGUGAGGUCGGCAGUUACGCACCCCAGCAUAGUUUGAAUUGCCAUUUGUCAUUGGAACAACUUGUUCCAGAGCAGUGGUCUUGAACAGUUUCCUUUUCAGACCCCUACAGUUUUGAAUGGAGCGCAGACUUCUUUGGGAAUUAGACCCCAGAUUGAAAACUACUGUUCUAGAGGAAUCCUACCCUAAACUCUGCUUACAAAAUUCCACCAGCUCUGCUCACACCCCCAUAAAGCACAGAAUGGCUCUGGGAGGCCUGGAGGUUCAAGCCACAGGAUUCCCCCAUCCCCAACAGAACAGGAACCAAACAAGACUGUACUAGUGCUAAGAUAAAUGGUACAGAUGGAGAUGUGCAGACUGUACCACAACCAGCUGUUGGUUAAAGGCCUUGUGCCUUGAGACCCUAAAGGCACCAAUUGCCUCUGAUUCAUUGUCCCAGAGCCAUUUCAUACCUGUGAGCACUGGGCGAUCCAGUCUGGAAACAGCUGUUUCCAGACCUUUGUCUCUGAAAUAGAGAAAUCUGACUUGGGACUUGGGACACUCCUUCCCUCAUAGUACCUGCCUUUCCUGGGAGUUGGAAGUGACCCAUUAGCAUUCCUUCUGCUCUGUAGGUUAUUGGCCUGUGACUCAGGUGUUGUGAUGCAUCCCAGGGCAAAGAGGGACCAAAGUGGCUGUGUCUGCUCCUUGAGGGGCUACUAGCUGGUGGUGGCCCGUGGCCUUUUGUUACAGUAGUUCAGUGAGUCUUGCUCCCUUCAAAGGUACAGAAUUCGUCUCCCCUCUGUUGGGCCCAGGUCACCACCUCAUUAGCCUGGGGCUGCCACACUUAACCCUUCAGAGGCUGGCUUUCAGUGGGCUGUCUGGCACUUCUGAAACUAAACCCUGAGGCAACUAUGUGACUCUGACCAGUGCUGCUUGGAACUUGCUAGAUUGAAUAAAAAUGGAACUGUUAGUAUCAGAGUGUAGGGGGUGGUUGGGGGAAGGAUUAGGGCAGUCUGGACUCCAGUGUGCAGCUGUCUAUGAGAUAGGUGGGAUUGGCUCGAUCCCAUUGGUGGGAGCAGUUAAUGGGCUCCCUGGAUCUCCAAGCUGGCCUGCUGAGCCCUUAAUUCUUGACUAGCACAGAUCCUCUGGCGGUUAUUCACUUCUGCGGUAGUUUAACUCUCAGCUGUAAUUUACACUGUUCUGUAAUGUAGUGUAACCACAUUAAGUAAAGAUUGUCCACUCUUUACCCACUUCAGGCCUGUAGAGUCUGUUUUAUCUGGUGUGCUGGAAAGUACUAAAGAUUAUCUGGCUGCUCCCACCUCCCUUCCCCUGCCCUGUCCUAGGCUGGGUGUCCAGCUUCUGCAGUGCAGGUUAGGCCAGGAAACAGAGGCAGGGUAGCAGACUAGGGGUGGGGAGGUGACUUCUGUUGACUUGCUCUGACCUUGGACAAGUUACUUAUUCUCCUUGCCCUCACCUUCCCCUGUAAAACUGCCAAUGCCUUUGAGUUGCAGGUGAGACGCUCUAAGUGCCAGAGGCUUGGCAGCUGGGUAGGCAGUGGGAGGGCUGGUGAAGAGCAGACCUGCUCUGAUCAGGGCUGAACUCUGGGAGGUUCUGUCCCACAUGAGUAAGAGCUUGGGAUCCGACUGCCAAGGGUUUGUCACCCAGAUGUGCUGGGCUCUGAAAUUUGGCCCUUAAGGGCUCCCCUUGGAGGGGGGUGGGGGGGUUUCAUACACCUGGGGUGAAAGAGAACCAGCUUUGGAGCCCUCAGUCUUGGCUUCUGUCUGAGCCUUCAGUGGUACAGGGAGCUGCUGCCUCUUGACACAGCUUUCCCAGGGAGCCAGCAAUCCCCAGCUGCCCUUUCCAUGUACUUGAAGUGCCUCAAAUUCUCCUGUCAGCAGAGACCAGUUCCCCUGUCCAGCUGGCUUGAAGGCAGCCUUCAGCUGGAUUGUUUCUAGCCGUUGUGAAGAAGCCCUGUAGUACAUGUUUGUGGAGACCCUGCUGAUUCCAUCAAAGCUGGAGGCCAGAAUCUCAUGGGGGUGGGGGGGGAUCGCUUUGUUCCAUUCCAGAUGUCAUACGGCAUAGGGAGAAGCUUGUCCAAAGGGCCCCAAGGAAAUGCCCUAGCCUGUAGGUGCCCAGCCGUCCUUUGAAUUGCCUGCCAAAAACUAGGUGGGUCUCCCCCUUACCCCCCCCCGAGCAGCCUAGCAAGGCCCUGCCACUGUUCAGGGUCCAGGUCCUCUCCCCCUACAGUAGAGGUCUGUCCCUGGAGACCAGCAACCUGUCCAUGAAAUACACUUGAGCAUUUGGGACACCUGCAAACUUCACUUCCCUCAAGACCCAGUGCUGAUGUGACUGAACAGGGCAGCUCAGCUUUGCCUGCUCCAUAGUUAGAUUUCUCUUUGGCUCCUGUGGAAAAAGUGCCACAUCACUUGUGCGCUCCCUGAAGUACAAAUGUCUGCCACUGUAGCAUUGACUAUCCUGGCUGCCCCUUUAUUGAAAGGGAAACUAAUCCUAGUCCCUGGGACUAAGCAGUGGCUAUCCAAUCUUUUCUGCAUGGAGCCAUCUGCCUCCUUUGAUCUGGCCAGGCCACUCCACUAACUAGUAUUAGCAUUGGAGACUCUUACGUGUCAGACCAAGGUAAGUUGCCUGACUUGGGUUAAACUCAACUGGCUAAUACCAAGUUGCAAUACUCCCUUCCUCUCUGGCCCUUCACAGCCAAGCCCCUCACAGGAUGGGGUGGGGAUGUGAGGCAUUAGCUGGUUCCACUCCAGCGUAGCUUCAAGUGGUCAUUCCUCAUGGUGGUGGUUACUCCAUGGCCACAUCUUCUGCCUACAUUGACUUGAAAAAGAUGGCAAACUAGUGACUAAAGCCCUGUCCUGACCAAAGGUGGUAGUGAAGCUUUGCCCUGGACAUGGUGGGGAAGGAACUUGUACCUGUCAGUUUUGCUGGUUUGUGACAAACUGAGGGUCUGCCCCUUUUCCCCACGGAGCCCGGCUCGGACUUGGCAGAAAUAAACUUGCUGCGAUGGCUCUGUGAUAGACAAGGCCAAAGUAUUAAGCCCUUGUGCCUCGAGGCUGGCACCUAAAUUAAAACUCUCCUGAUGGUUCAGAGAUGCUGAGCUCCUGUCACUUUAACAAAUGCCUACUGACAAAGUCCUCUGCAAACCACCCCUUCUAGCUCGAAUCUAAAUGUGCCUACUGCUCAGCUCCUCCAGCUACCAGGCUGGAAAAUGUGAUGGUAGAAUUUGCAUGGGGUGGGGGAGAGGUGGUCUGUCUCUGGGGAUGGGGGAAUAGGGAUGUGUCAUUGUAGACUUGCUGUUUGGCUUGGCUGUGGGGAUAGAUGCAGGCAGAUGCUCUUGGCACAGAGGUGGUCUCUAGCAGAGACCAACAUCCAGGAUCACUUCUAGAUUGGACUUCUGGCUGCUGGGAGAGUUUCUCCACUCUAGUCUUCCAGGACCCAACAUGGGACAAUUCUCCUGUGCUGUUUCCUGGUUAGACUUUGAGGUCUUGCUUCCAGGGAGUCAGUGUCCCUGUUGCUGCUAAUCAGCCCAGCUGAGAAGUGCUCACCAGUGGCCCAGGGAUGCAGUUGGCUAAUGUUACCCCUCAAGCACCUCUGUGGGGGAGGGGCUUCAUCUAGUUGUGCUAAUCCCCCUCCAGAUGUUCCCUCCUUGAUCCCUCUAAUGCAAACUAAUCCACAUGCAGGUUCAAGUCUGCAUCACUAGCCCCUGAACCCCAGCAGAGCUCUUGACUCCUGGUGACACUAGCAGGUGCCCAGGGUUCAAUCCUGCAAGAUAGCCUGCUCUUGGGGAAGGCUGUCAGGAGCCCUCUGGUGCGGUGCCACUUCCCCAGUUUAGUUUCUGAGUUUAUGCAGCAGGCAUUCUAGGCUUCCUGGGGCUGUGGUUCCUGACACUCACCCCCCACAGCCUUGUUGCAUGUUUCGGGAAGGUUUUGCUGAACUGUUUCCUGGCACCAGCGGGGCAUGUAAACUGCCCUAAAAGGGGCCUGGCCCAGCUCAAAGUGCUGUGCAGGCUGCAUUGAUGUGAUGUGUGGAAUCCAGUGCCAUCUCUGCUCUUUCAGAGGAAUGAGCUGCUGCUGGAGUGUGGCCCAGUCUCUUGUCACUCUUUGUAACUGGCCAUUCAAUGCAGUUACUCUUGUGACAGCCUUACACAGUGCCAGACCUGCCCCUACCAUAAGGUCUCCAUGCAUCCCCAGGCGGUGCUGGAGAAAGAACCUCAACAGGCCUGGUCAUGACGUGCCUAGUACAACAGGACCUUUGGCUUCUGGGGGCGGAUGGUGCUCAAGUAGCUGGCUUUUGGGAGCCUGACACGAGCACCCACAGCUUGGGCUAGAUUCCCAAACAGGUCCCAAUAUGUUAAUCUCUUGAAGAUGCCCAAGCAGAGCCCAGCUUUAACGCUCUAGAGUUGACCUGGUGUAGGAUGUAGCUGGGUGGGAGAUGUCAUCCCUCUCUACGUCUCAUAUGUAGCGCAUGCAGUAUCCUAGGCAAAGUCUGUAUUAAAUGUACCACCUCUGCUUUGUUCCAGGCUUUCUUCGGAGACUGGUGGAAUGGGAAGCAGCUAGGACAGUGCAAAUGCC